CAAGUGCAACAGCAGCUUUUGGCACUGGCAGGUCAGCUACGAAUGGGCCGGCAAGGAAGCCCUCCUGCUGCUGCUGCUGCUGCUGCUGCUGGCGGCGGCGGGGCGCAGGUGGACCUCGGCGGGAGGCAGCCAGAUGACUUCAGCAUGCGGGUUUCACCUCGGGUGGGAGACGACAUGACGGUGGAAGGGCAGGAGGCGGCGGCAACGGAGGAAUAUCAUGAAACCAACCUAGGGGGGCGCCUGGAGCUCCGCCGAGGGGGUGCACAAGCGGACUUCAGCCCCCAACAUCCCAGCCCCCAUCGUCCCAGUCUUAGUCCCCUUGAUCUCAGCCUCCGACUUCUCAGCCCACCUGGCCUCAGCCCCCACCGCCCCAGCCCGCGGGCUGAGGCUGCAUGCAACACGCGUGCGAUGGAGGAGGUGCAGGCCCCCUCGAUGGCUGCUGCUACUGCUGCUGCUGCUGCGCGUCAGGAGGCGGGGAGGCAGGUUGGGAGCUACUGCCGCUACAGCGACGGAGAUGGCGGCGGCGGUGGUGAUGGCGAGGUUGCUCCUAUCGGCGGCGCCCCCUGCAGCUUUCCACGCAGGCAGCCGGUUGCAACCGCAAGCCCCACGGCUCUUCAGCCUCAUCUGCUGGCCCCGCUGCCACAACCACAGCCACAGCCGCAGCUGCGGUCGCAGCGCUCCCAGAAUCAACUUGCGUCCCAACCGCAACCGCUGCAGCAGCUACCGCAGCCCCUGCCGCAGCCCCCACAGCAGCCCCCGCCGCUGCCACCGCCCGUCCCUGUGACGGUC